AUGACUCCCUCUAAAUGUGAUAUUGCCAACAGCCCUUUGGAGCAGCCUCAAAACAAUAGUGAAAGUCUGGGCCAGCCAAAACAGCUCGACGCCCGCUCUUAUUCUUUCCCACAAAGCUCUGCAGGCAACUUCGAGCGAAAUCGUCCCGCCUACGAGUACGAGGGGUACACUUACUCCCAAGCGGACCCUGUCCCAGGGCAAAGUGCACCAUGGACGCGCGCGGAACGAAUCGACAUGAAAUGCAGCCAACAUGAACUCCAUUAUCUCGUGCAGAAGCGAGGCAGCAAGAAGUCUGUGAUGCAACAGUACCAAAAUCUAUCAUCCAAUGACAAACGAGCGCAUAUCAUGCAACUGAUACGCGAACAACGUCGCAGGCAUCCACAAGUUGAGUGGACCUUUGUCUACGCCAAAGAGAUCACACAGCCUUCUCAGGCCCCUAAUGCUCGCUAUGGAGAAUGCGAAACAGUCCAAAUGAAUGUCAUUCUUCUGAAAAUGCCAAAGAAUCAGAUGUAUACCAGAUCGAAGGUCGGGGUCCCAGUGGCCAGACCAUCGGGUCCUGGCAUGGAGACGAGUCACUGGACAAAGCGAGAUCAGAUUGUGGCACCUGAUAAGUCAACCAGCUUCGACAUUGCUAUGGAGGGUUUAGUCCUUGGCCCUAUCAACCGCAGCGAGACGAGCUUCGAUAAUUCGUCAGACUGGUCAUCCCAUGGCAGCAGCGAUGAAUACGCGGAUUCGAACCUUUCUGAGGAAUCUAAAGAAACCUCUGAAAGCGAAGACUCGGAAUCCACGUACAACGACAACAGCCUGGCAUUCCUCAACCUGGCAGCCCUCGUGGCCGGGCCCCAAGUCCCACCCGAGGAAAGCCAGAUAGUCACAGUUUUGAUCGCAGACAAGAGAGAAGCAUUCCUCUUCGCGGGAAUUACGAAGUGCCUGCAGUAA